AGCCAUUCCUCUGGCCAUCUUCCAGGCUGAGCCCAGCGUAAAGAAACACUUCCUCCGUAAGUGGUUGAAGAUGCCCAGCCUGCAUGACUUGGACAUCCGCUCUAUCCUUGACUGGAGUUAUUACAUAGAGAGGUUGGGCAGCGCCAUCCAGAAAAUCAUCACCAUCCCUGCAGCUCUUCAGCAGGUUAAGAAUCCAGUGCCCAGAGUGAGGCACCCUGACUGGCUUCACAAGAAACUCCUGGAGAAAAAUGAUAUCUACAAGCAAAAGAAAAUCAGUGAGCUGUUCACCAGCGAGGGCAAGAGACAG